AUGGCCUUACAGGGAAUGAUAUGCGACGAAGAGUUGGAACUGUUUGAUCUCACAGACAAUGCCACCUUGACCUUCUUGGAGACGUUGAUUACGAUCAGCAAGUACGUCCUUUCUUUACACCCGAUUUUACUUUGACUGUAAGGUAAUCAAAGUUACUUUUCAGUCGCUACGGAUCAGUCCAUAAAUAUCUUGCCUUAUGUAUUUGCAUUGUCGGGAUCACGAUGAAUAUCCUCCAUGUUCUUGUUCUAACACGCCCAGCCAUGUAUAAAAGCGCCAUAAAUCGAUUGGUAAGAGUUAUUUCGCCUUCAUAAUCCCUCCUUUUUAGCUCAGCUUCAUGGCGAUCUGUGAUAUAAUCACGAUGACUUCGUAUUUAAUAUUUACUGUCCGUUUCUCCUUCAUGAUUGAUGUCCACAAACCCCCUGUCGGCUAUGAUUUUCCGUGGAUUAUAUUUCUGCUGGGUCAUGUUGUGUGUUCGAUUGCUUUGCAUACCAUUACCCUCUACCUUUCUGUGGCCACUGCGUACAUUCGCUACAAAGUUUUGGACAAGAUCGGGUCUAAAUGGAUGCACGAGAACAUUGCUGGGUAAGGGAGACAUGGAUAAUAUAAUUUAUGUCAUCACUCCUCGCAUCAUUUGUUUAUAUUUUUAUUAGAAUAUCAUAUUAUAAUGGCCUCUCUUAUAUCAGGAAUCAAGUUUAUUCAGGAAGAAUUAGAUCCGGGCAAAUAGAAUUAAUUGGAUUUUGUUUAUAAUUAGUAAUUAGCGGUUAAUAAAUGGCUGAAAAACUUCCCUUUCUCGAACGGAAGGAGGCCACGUCAGUCUCUAAUUAAUACUUUGUACAUAGUGGUACAAUGGAAUUAAAGAACUUUGCUAAACACCUUUAUCCACGUAAACAGAUAAUGAAUCUGAACUCAAGUGUAAUAUCAAAUUUGAUAUGCUUUACUUAAAGCUCCCCCGCGCACUUUUUCCGUAUUAAUUACCGUAUUUUAGCCCACUCUUCGUGCUGAUUUCGAUUACUGUGAUCUUGUUAUGCAUCCCUACUUUCCUUGUUCAUUCCAUCGUCCGAAUUGACUCAGAAGAAGGUUCUCUUUAUACGGUUGGACUGGCAGAAUUCAGUCAAUUUAAUACAUGUUUUAUAUUCAAAUUCAAUCUCUGGUUGACGGGCAUUGCAUUCAAAGUGAUCCCAUGUAUAUUUUUGAUGUUUUUCACCUUGGCUUUACUCUAUAAGCUGGAUAUGAGUCGAAGAAGAAGACGAUUGAUCACUUCUGGGACUUCUCUGGCUUCAAAAAGAAGUGAAGUGCAUUCGGACAGGACCACCAAGCUACUUGUCAUCUUGCUGAUGGUGUUUAUGUGCACCGAAUUCCCUCAAGGUAAGUUUUUUUGUCUAGGAAUUUAUUAUAAAGCAGUACUUAUUGUUAGUAAAUGAUGACAUUUUGGUAUGCAUAUUUACUCAUGAUAUUUGCAGGUAUCCUGGCAAUUUUGAAUGGCCUUUUCCCAAAUGAUAUCCAUCAAUUCGUAUAUCUUUCGCUUGGAGAUGUCCUGGACUUAUUGUCCUUGAUAAAUUGCAAUACCUGUUUCAUCUUGUAUCCUCUGAUCUCAUCCCAAUAUCGGCAUACUCUCAAGUGUUUUCUGCGGUGUUUCCAAGAGAAAUAUCGUUCCAGGACGGCGACUUUCAUCAAGUCUGAGAACUCGGCCAUCAGGUUCCAGGAUGAUCGGGAUGUCCUUUUGUAA